AUGACGCCAGAAAUUCUUCGACUAUCUUUAGAGAACGUCGAUUUCCGACUUCCGACUCAAGUUACAGACGACAAUAGUGUGACAGCACUAAAAAGUCUAGUCUUCGAACCCCUCCUCCGAUGGCAGCCCCACGGCCAUGUUAAGCCCGGGCUUUUUGACCGAUGGGAGCACUCCCCUGAUGCCCGAGUCUGGCACUUUCACAUCCGAGACGACGCCUACUUUCAUGAUAACCAGCCUUGCAAGGCUAAGGAUAUUGUCAGCUACAUCAAUGGCCUCCUGGACUCAAGAGACUAUUUCGGCAUGCGCUGGAGUUACAGCCGCUAUUUUGCUCAAACCAAGUUCUCUGCUGAGGAUGACCGGACUGUUAAAGUGACAAACGCGGAACCAUUCGCGGAUAUCGAGGGUGUAUUCUGCGAAUUUUGGCCUUCCCGCAUCGACAAGAAUGGCAAGCCGGUGCUUGGAACGGGUCCUUUCCGUGUCAUCGAGUUUGAGCGAAAAGAUGGCACCGGUAGAGCCGCUCUACAACGACUGAAUCCAAUGCGGCAUGGUUCACCUCAUACCAUCAUAGCGACGAUGGAGCCGGAUGCUGCUGAAAGACUUCGACUUCUACGUGCCGGCGAGGUUGAUGCUGCUCUCAAUCUUGAGCGGGUCGAUGAUCUCAACCUUCUCGAUUUCGACUCUGCUUUUCGAUGGGGCCGAGUAACGAGCACUUUAUCGGCUAUCUACUAUCUCAACUGUACAGAGGGCAUCUUUGCUUCACCAGACGCACGCUUAGCUGUGAAUCUUGCGUUGGACAAUGAUGCAUUGGUGAAGGAAGUAUACCAUGGGUUCGCAAAGUCAUCCGCUACCAUCGUCAGCCCCUAUCAUCUCGGCUUUCCAGAGUCACGACUGCAACCGAUUCCAUACGACCCCGAAAGCGCCAGAGAUCUUCUCAAAGAUUUUGACAAAAGCACGGAUCUUAUCUUGAGAACUCCAGUGUACAUGCCAGAGCAUGCCCAAAAGAUUUCGGAAUUUGUGGCAUCAGCCUUGGAAGCUGUUGGCUUCAAGGUCGAAAUCAAGGUUGAGACCAAUCGGCCAGAAUAUGCCCGACAAAUAGGACUCAGAAAGGAGAUUGGAAGCCUCGCCUUGUUUGACUCAACACCAAACAGCACCUUUCGUGUGUUGGAUGACAAGAUUUCCAGUUCGUCACAUGCAACGUGGUGGCUUGGGUAUCACGAUGAUAAGGUGCAAGAACUGUUUUGUGAGGCACGAAACAAGAUCAGCUAUGAUGAUAGAGCUGAAGCAUAUGCGAAGACUCUUGAUAGAUUGCAACAGAAUCCACCGUGGUUGUACAUAGGUCAUCCUGAUGUUAUUUGGGCAACACAACGUGAAGUUGGACUUCAGAUUGGGCACUCGGGGGUGCUCACACUCGACUCAUGA